AUGAAGUCAGAUUAAUUGUCAGAUGAGAUGUCAUGACGUCUUCAUUUCUCGCGUCAAGUACUGUACAGCAGGCUGAGCGCGCGCUGCGUGAAUCGUCGCCGCACAACCCUUGUCAAUUCAUUCUAAGAGAGAGAACCGAUGCCACAACGGUAAAGUGAGGUCGAGGAACGGCGAGACCAGCUUACGCACAGCUAAAGGAAGCGAUGCCACCCAGCCAGCAAUGGGACACGCCAAAAUCCAUCAGUGCAUGAGUGCGACCCGACCGCAGCAAUACCCACCACACAUUAUGUCGGCUGCCUCUCCAGUGUCUCGCUUCCUCUUCGGAGCGAGUGAAGGAGGCAGAGCAGGACAUCCAAUGGCACCCAACAGUGACAUAUCGAUCGACAUUCAUUCAUAUAAGCACACAGGCAGACAGAAGAGAGAGGUAGAUGCGGUGAGCACGCCAAGCCGGUUGAAAGAAAAAUCAGCACCCCCGUGGAUCCUUCAAACGUAAGCGAGCACACGCACAUGCAAUAAGAGGUGAUGUAGGAAGGAAGGACGCCUCUGAGAGGCAGGCACCCAUGUACACGCAGACACGCACAGGGGGAAACAGACAGGACAAACACUCAGCUAGAGGAGCGCUGACGGCUCCUCUUCCCCCAAUCUGUCGGGGCCAACUGUACAGAGCACCCAUACAUCCAUCACGCAGUCAGCUAGGUAAGUUAACUGCGAGAGCACCGCAUCAAGUGCAGCACUCGCGCGUCGAGCGAAUUCAGCGAGAGCGUUGAGCAUGGAUGUCAUGUCUAUGGUACAGCAGGCAAGAAGUAUGCAUGUCCCUGGAUGGAUGGAUGGAUGAAGGGAGCGCGCUUCCCAUUUACUCGCUGGGCAAAAAAAGCGCCCAAGGAAGCAACGCCAGCCGUGUUCGUGCGUGGCACAUCGAGAGGAGGGAAGAGACAGGCAGGGGACAGGUAAGUGCAUUCAUCGGAAUGCGAUUGACCAAUCACAGAUGGAAUCAGAGGAAUGAAGACAGAGGAAUGAAGAGGGUCAAAAGAGAGAAGCCCGCCCCCCGGCCCUUCAACAUGCCCUUGUUGCUAUGUCUGCCCCAUGCCUCAUCUCGAAGUUAUCGCAGUCUCAUUCCGCUGUAACUUCGUGAUUGCCGCAGGGGUAGUGACACAGCCAACGAGAGCAAUCGAAGGAAAGAAGAGAACCCGUAACCCUGCCACCUCACCUAUUGCGAUACCCACACUGACACGCAAACUUCCCGCCCUCUCUACUUCCUUCCUUGGCCCAUUCAUUCACGUAGCUAUGUACAUGUAAUGUGUACAUAUCUAUGCCAUGAUGAGCUGUGCUUCGAUCUGCCCUCUCAGGCGGCCGUCCCUGUCGCUCUCGUGUGUCUUGAAGAGCACCUCGUCCACACUUGUGGUCGAGUUGAGCACAAACUGUGUAGGGGGCCAGGCAGGUACAGCCCUGAAGACGCACAUAAAGCAUGACCGACACAUGCCAUCCAUGACAUAGGAAUGUAUGUGUCCGUGCGCUCUCACGGACCAUGAGCAGGCCUCCUCAAUCUUGACGGUGUUGGUGUGCAUCUUGGCUCUGAACCAGCCUCGCUCUCCCCAGUAGGUUCCCCAGCUGUUGCGGACGAUCCAGUACUCCUCGCCCUCACUGCCACACGAGACAAGACACCAACCAGAGACAGGAAAGGAAUCCAUCCACUUGUGUGCGUGUGUGUGUGGUUAGGCUUACUCGGUGACUCCCCAUCCGACGACACUGAUGAUGUGGUUGAUUUCCACACCAGGGUCAGUCACAAUGCCACCUGCACUCACAACCAUACCCACGGCACAACACAUGCCCGGCCGGCCAUUCUCCCUUGCCCCUCUCGUUUUGUCUUGUCACUCACCGGAGUAAUCAUCGAUGGGAUCGGAGUCCACGCCGCAUGCGAUCGGUCCCCUCUUGUAGAUCUCAGCCUUCAUGGCCUGCACGCCGCUGAUGGCGCCGUACUCUGUGACAAAGUACUUGAGAUACCGCGGCUGGGGCGUGCAGUUGGUGGGGCCGGGGGGAUUCCAGCACGUUAGGCACUUGUGCUUGUCACUGCACUUUAGAUCUACAGCCUCGUACACUUGGCUGUCAAAGAGACAAUGGCAAGAAAGCACCUUGCUUGCAUACAAACGCUGUCUGUGCAUCCAUCUAGGUUACCAUGUGUCGUCAGGGAUGCCGUUGUCUGCCACGUACUUAUAGGCACCCAGGUCCGUGCCGCCCCAGCACGUCCCCGCCUCCUCGCCACAGUUCAGGAUGUCCUGGAUUGACAGAUUGCUGCAGCACCGACAGAGGGAGUGACGCGUAUGAGAGGGAAAAAACGGCUGACACGUUCGUUGCAGGCUCACAUGUCGGGCCAUUCUGCCUUCCUUUUGAUCUUGAUGCGGUCCGCGAGCGCAGACAUCGUCCCAUGAGCCCUGAAGGUGUCACAAAGGAACAAACGAUCCAUCCCUUGUGCUGCACAGCCUGUCUGUCUUUGUGUCAGCCGGCCAACAUGGAUGCGUACCAGCAGGAGCCGCAGUAGACGGGGAUGUGCUGAUUCAGGUCUUUGGUGAUGAAGUUCGAGCCGCUGACAUUGCGCCAAUCCCAGGUCUUGGGAAGCUCCUCGGCCAUCAUAUACACGUGGGGUGGCGUGCUGAGGACCAUCUGGGGCAGCGUGGACCUGAUGAUGUGACACAAACAGACACAAACACACAAUAGGUGGAGAGAAGAAGCUACACACACCUCCACAUUCUCAGAGCUUGCCCUCCUCACCUCUCCGGCAUCCUGUAAUUGGGGUUGAAGCAGCCGUACUUCCUCGUGCCGGCCGGCCUGGGUGCACCUUGCAUCCCCUUGGCCGCCGUGUGGCUGCCACUCACCCCCAACACAACGCCAACCAACACCAGCAGGCAAAGUCGCAACGCCAUCGUUUGCAGCUGGUCCUUCAGCAAUAUGUUGCCGGUGAGGGUCCGAUUAAUCACGAGUCGGGGAGUGGUGUAGAGUGGUGUUUCCGCAAGAUUCGCUU